AUGGCGUUAGAGGAGUCCUUCGCUCGUCAUCCUGAGAAAGCCCCCAUAUACAAUGAUAAUGUGGAUAAUAUUCGAGCGGCGGAGUAUCCCAGUCUGGAGGGUGUGGUAUACCUAGACCAUGCUGGGUCAACGGUGUAUGCUCGGUCCUUGGUUCAGUCGUAUGCCGCCGACCUGCAGGCGAAUCUGUACGGCAACCCUCAUUCUGAUAACACACCAUCCCGCGUGGCUGGUGCUCGGGUAGAUGCCAUUCGCGGAGAAAUCUUGCAGUUCUUUGGUGCCAAUCCAAAUGACUUCGAUCUGAUUUUCACCGCAAAUGCCACGGCCUCUAUCAAGCUCGUUGGCGACUGCAUGGCGUCAUUUUCAAGGUCACCAAAUGUAUCCCCCACAAGCAAGCGGCGGGGGUUCCAUUAUGUCUAUCAUCAAGACUCCCACACAAGUCUUGUCGGGCUGCGACAAGUGGCGAGUGGUGGUAGUUUGUGCCUCGUCGGAGACACUGCAGUCGAGAACUGGAUCAAUCGCAAUCGUUGCAGCCAUAAGCCAAAGACAGUAACUCUCUUCGCUUAUCCGGGCCAAAGUAAUAUGACAGGCCGGCGUUUACCCCGGUCAUGGCCGCAAGCAAUCCGUCAGAAUCACGGAGACACCUAUAUCCUCUUUGAUGCCGCUGCUCUGGCCUCAACCGCCCCAUUAGAACUGUCUGACGUAUCCGCCGCUCCAGACUUCACUGCGGUCUCGUUAUAUAAGAUAUUCGGCCUACCUGACGUGGGUUGCUUGAUUGUGCGCAAGGCUGCAGCACACGUCCUCCAGCAACGCCGAUACUUCGGCGGAGGCACAGUUGACAUGGUGAUAAACUCGCCAUCAGUUCGAGUGGCUCCAUGGCAUGCUACCAAGACAGAGUCCCUGCAUGAUGCUUUGGAAGACGGUACGCUCAACUUUCACUCUCUAAUAGCCAUUUCACAUGCAAUUCAGACACAUAAACGUUUAUACGGGAGUAUGAGGAACGUUUCCUCACAUUGUGCCUUUCUGGUUGCUCGUCUCUAUCGAGGCUUGGCAUCUCUUCACCACUCCAACGAUAGCCCUCUUUGCCGGAUUUAUACGGGCUCUGAACAGCACGGGUUUGGAGAUUCGUCUCUUCAAGGGCCCACAGUUGCGUUCUCUGUGCUGGAUAUAUCCGGUAAUCCCCAUGGUUAUGCAGAUGUUGAGCGCCAUGCGGACAAAGCAAAGAUAUUCCUCCGCAGCGGUAGCGUUUGCAAUCCCGGUGGAAUGGCUUACCUGGGAUGGAUACGAAUGGAAGAUAUGAAAGCCGCUUGGAAUGCGGGCCAUCGUUGUUCAGAUCCCAUUCAGGAGGUCCACGGUCAGGCGACUGGCAUUGUUCGAGUCAGCUUAGGGGCAAUGAGCACGACGGCAGACGUGGAUGCCUUUUUAGAGUGGCUUAGUUGCAAUUAUCUCGACUCGAUCGUUGAAUCCUCUUUCCUAGAGAAAUCUUCCGAAUCUCACAGCUCUAUGCUUUCACCCAAGUCAGAGCCAGAGCACACGGGGAGCCUGGUUCCAAAGAGCUGUCUUCGGAGUUUGGUUGGUCGAAUCCGACAAAUAUUUCAUUAA